AUGCAUCUACGAAGGCACGAAUUCUCCCCUGACGACGGACAGCGCUACAUAGGCCUCCAACAGAGCAAGGAAAUGCUCGACUUCCUGCACAACUCGUACUUUGCUGCCGUGGCUGGAGACCAGCCGGGGUUCGAGGCCAUCCCAUCGGAUGCUGCCUGCUGUGCGACAAACAACAAGUGGACAUUUCUCAUUGCGAGUGCUCCUAAAAACGCCAAGGGCGGGGUGGGGAGCAUGGCCAAUGCUAUCGCGAUACUGUGA